AUGCCCUUUUGGCCGGGCAUCUCCUCUUUUGAGAGGUUCCGGCAUGAGGGUGCAGAUGUUUUAAAAGAGCAAUGGUCUCAGCAGAUUCCAGACAUCCUCCUCAACAACACGCAAGUCAUCAUUGGCGGCCAGUCCCAAAUUGUGACCAUCAACAGGCAAUGGCGUGUGGCAGUCAUUGAGCAAAGGAGUGUCAGCGGGUCCUGGAAAACCAUCUGGAACUACAACACGGGCGUCAUUGCAACCAAAAUCCCACAACUGAACACCUGCUACAUUUCCAUCAUGAACAGGAAUGAGAUGCCCCGCUUUGAUAAUCUGGCCCGCCUGGCACAGGAGAGCAGGAACCUGUUUGGUCUUGGAAGACCUACCAAGAAGAUCACCUUUGUCACCAACGGAUUGGUCAACAACCUCAACGCCUAUGGAAUAGACAUCACCGCUAUGUGCAGCGGACUCACCACCUACAUGGCUUACGAAGUUCACGCUUUCCAGGGACCCCAGGUGAAUCUGGGAUCGUGCAUUACCCUCGAUGUCCUGAGAGUGGUGGAUCUGAAGUACUGCAAUGGCAAUGGCCAAUCUCAGCAGAUUCCAGGCAUCCUCCUCAACAACACGCAAGUCAUCAUUGGCGGCCAGUCCCAAAUUGUGACCAUCAACAGGCAAUGGCGUGUGGCAGUCAUUGAGCAAAGGAGCGUCAGCGGGUCCUGGAAAACCAUCUGGAACUACAACACGGGCAUCAUUGCAACCAAAGUCACGCAACAGAACACCUGCUACAUUUCCAUCAUGCACAGAAAUGAGAUGCCCCGCUUUGAUAAUCUGGCCCGCCUGGCACAGGAGAGCAGGAACCUGAUUGGUCUUGGAAGACCUACCAGGAAGUUCACCUUUGUCACUAAUGGACUGGUCAACAACCUCAACGCCUAUGGAAUAGACAUCACCGCUAUGUGCAGCGGACUCACCACCUACAUGGCUUACGAAGUUCACGCUUUCCAGGGACCCCAGGUGAAUCUGGGAUCAUGCAUUACCCUCGAUGUCCUGAGAGCUGUGGAGCUGAAGUACUGCAAUGGCAAUAACGGCAAUUUGAAUGGCAAUUGGUAUCCCAAUUGGAAUGGCAACAACGGCAAUUGGAAUGGCAAUUGGAAUGGCAAUUGGUAUCCUAAUUGGAAUGGCAACAACGGCAAUUGGAAUGGCAGUUGGAAUGGCAUUUGGAAUGGCAAUUGGAAUGGCAAUUGGAAUGGCAAUUGGAAUGGCCAGAAUGGCAUUUGGAAUGGCAACAACGGCAAUUGGAAUGGCCAGAAUGGCAUUUGGAAUGGCCAGAAUGGCAUUUGGAAUGGCAAUGGCAAUUGGAAUGGCAAUUGGAAUGGCAAUUGGAAUGGCAAUUGGAAUGGCAAUGGCAAUUUCCCGGUGAGAAAGCCUUAA